AUGGCUACUACAUGGAAGGCGCCUCCCCAUGGUUGGUUCAAAGCCAACUGGGACAUUGGUGUUGACAGCAAGAGGGGACAAGUGGGGUUGGGGGCAGUUAUUCAUGAUCAGCAUGGAAAGAUGUGGGUGUCAAAAAGCCAGACCCAACAAGGUUUUCUGGAUCCUUCAGCGGCGGAAGCCAUGGCGGCCCUUAUGGCAGUUCAGCUCUGUAUGGAAAUGGGAAUACAACAGGUUCAACUGGAAGGAGAUGCCAAAAAUGUAAUCGUGGCAGUGAACUCAAAAGAACCGGAUAAAAGUGGUAGGGGCCAAUUGACGGAGGACAUACGCUCGACUUUACAAGUUAUUCCGGUUUGGGAAAUGAGGAAUGCACAUAGAGAGGAGAACAAGGUGGCUCAUGCAUUAAGCUGGUUUGGCUACUUAUGA